UAACAUCAACUCAAUCCAUCAAUUCCGUCUCUCCCUCCCCAAGUCUGAAAACACAAUCCCAUAACGAAAUUCCCCGCAGGCAUUUUUAUUUCUAGACUCUCUGCCCUGCAUUGCAUACUUUUGCAUUGCUGCAUUGGAUGAGAAAUGGAUCCCUGUCCAUUUGUCCGUCUCAUCAUCGAAUCCUUAGCCCUCAAACUCCCUUCUUCCCCGACUAAGCCCGCCGGUCCAGGCGUUCACCCUUCCGCAACUCCCUGCUACGCCAAGCUCAAGCUCACCAACUUCCCUUCCCAAACCGCCCUUAUCCCUCUCUGCACCUCCGACCCCUCGUCCUCGUCUUCUCCGGACUCCUCCACCUCCUCCGCCGGCUUCCACCUCGACCCCUCCACCCUCCGUCGCCUCUCCUCCAAGCCCCUCCUCACUCUCAAGGUCUCCGUCUUCACCGGCCGCAUGGGCCGCACUUGUGGCGUCCCCUGCGGCAAACUUCUAGGCUCCGUUAAGAUGUCCAUCAACGUUGGCGGGGCCGGGGCUCAGUCCAAGCCGUCCGUCUACUAUAAUGGGUGGAUGAAGCUGGCCGGCUCUGCUGGACCGGACAAGCCGGUUGCUAAAUUGCACGCAGUCGUACGGUCCGAACCCGAUCCCCGGUUUGUUUUCCAGUUCGGAGGCGAACCAGAAUGCAGCCCGGUGGUUUUCCAGAUCCAGGAGAAUAUACGGCAGCCGGUUUUCAGCUGCAAGUUCAGUGCCGAUCGCAACAACCGGUCACGAUCUCUACCUUCAGAUUUUACCAUGGGUGGUAAUAAAGGGUGGGUGAGAACCUUCUCCGGUGAAAGAGAAAAGUCUGGGAGAGAGCGCAAGGGGUGGAUGAUAAUGAUCCAUGAUCUCUCAGGCUCAGCUGUUGCAGCUGCCUCGAUGAUCACUCCCUUUGUUCCGUCCCCCGGUUCUGAUCGAGUUUCUCGAUCAAAUCCCGGCGCAUGGCUCAUCCUCCGGCCCAAUGGACCCUCCGUUAGUAGCUGGAAACCUUGGGGCCGUCUUGAGGCUUGGCGAGAGAGAGGGCCAGUUGAUGGUUUAGGCUAUAGAUUUGCGCUCGUUACUGACUCCGGCCUAACAAGCGGAGUGCCUAUUGCUGAAGGUACAAUGAGUGUGAAAAGGGGGGGACAAUUUUGCAUUGACAAUGCAAGGAAAGAUUCAGUUCUGAGUUUAGUGUUGCCAGUUCGAGGAUUUGUCAUGGGGUCAAGCGUAGAAGCUGAAGGGAAAGUGAGCAAACCAAUGGUUCAAGUAGGGGUACGACACGUAACCUGCAUGGCCGAUGCAGCCUUAUUUGUUGCACUUUCAGCUGCCAUUGACCUCAGCAUGGAUGCUUGUCGCCUUUUUUCACGCAAGCUCAGGAAAGAGCUUUGCCCGGAUGAACAAGACUCGCUCUCAUAACAACUUUCCUCACACCAAAUUCAACACUUACUUUUUCCUCUUUCUUCUCAUGCAGAUGAUAACCCUUGGUUUCUGCCUGCCAGACCUUGGUUUGAGCACGGAAGAUGCCUCUUUUUGGCCGCCUUUUCCAAUAAAACCAAAAGACUAUUUUUCUUACUCAAUCCUCACAUUUCUUGAGAAAAACAAAACACCAUUUUGCUCUUUCUUUGUGAGACUGACUCUGGUGGUUUGGCUGUGUCGAAGAAGCAAUCUUGCUCACUUCUAAGUGAUAUUUAACUCCCUUCAAAGAUGAAGUAUAUCUUUGUUUAUUUUCACGGUUUGGUCCACUUAAUUUUGUAUCUCUACAUUACAAUAGCUGAGUGUUGUCUCUCGUUACAGAACCUGAGUAUUUUGCGUGCGUUGCAGAUUGACACUGUAAAAAGAAAAGAGUUACCAUAUGUUUGAUACAGUAAUCAUAUUUAUUGAUUCUUUCCAUUGCCGUACAUGUU